AAAACUAAUUUAUGGUUCAGAAACCCCCGUAGAAAUUAGAGAGGUCGAAACAACUGUCUAAUAGCCGAUGGGGAUAUCGCAAUCAGCAUCGAGGCGAGUGAGCACCACGCUAACCAACUCACCCCAGUUCAGCUCAGCUUGCGACUCAACCUACGCUCACUGCCUCUCCCUAACUCAGCAAGCAUUCCCGGGAGUCCUCCCUUACCAGCUGUCAACAGCCGCCAACCACCUCCAUGAAACCCUCACUUCUCUCCACCCCCACCCUCUCAUUCUCCGCUGGCUCCCUUCUCCUCCCACUCGCUACCAAGUCGACUCAGCCUUCCGGUUCGUAACUCGCCACCAACAUGAGCACCGGAAUGAUGAAGAACAGCUGGUCCUGGGCCCGCCCCAGUUCAGGGAAUGGGCAGUGGUGUUGUUCGCCGAUGCCGUGGUGGGAAACGCCGGCAAGGCAGUUUUGAAGAGAGUGCCGGUUGGGGUUUUGGGGAUUGUGGGGAUUGGAGCGGCGGCGAGGUCUGGGAAGGAGGUUGUUGGGGCCGCGGUUGGGGUGUAUGCGCUUGGUGUCGCCACUUCAAUUUACCUUAGCUUGUCUGGUUAGUUAGUUGUAUUUGGGCUUUCCUUUUUUUUUCUCUCUCUUUGUAUGUAUAUGAUUUAUUUGUAUCAUUGGUCUAACUUUUGAAUGUAAAUCCUUAAAUACUGAUUAAUGAAAUAGCAAAACCAUUCUAGUUGGUUUAUUUA